UUAUAUUCUAGUAAUGAAUCAAGUGUGUUGUAAGGCUCAUUGUAAUGUCCCAAAUACUUGAGAUGUAUGAUUAUAUCGACAAACCUUUACUUCUGUUUUCUACUUUGAGCACCACCGAACCUGAAAAGUAAAAUACUUAUUGACAAAGUAAAUCAUUAGUCUUCACAAAAAAGAAAGAAAAAAAAUCAUCUUAGCACAUGGAAAAUAAGACAAAUACCAUGCUGUCCAAAAAGUUAGGUGAAGUGCGUUCCAUCAGAUUACCACUAAUGCAGCCUCCACUUUCAACUUUUCCAAAAGUUGGUGUAAUAUAUUAUUCUCUAUAUAGUGCUUCCGAGUAGAAUGUUUCACAUCCAAUACACAGAACAGAAGAAUGGCCUCAAAGUCCACCCUGAGCUUCUUCUACUUUCUGCUCUUUAGCUUUAUGCAUUUCAGCAGCACCGUGUUCUCAUGGACAAAUCAUGCAAGCACAUGCAAUGGUUCCAUAGCUGAAUGCAAUCAGGAAGAUGAGCUGUUGAUGGAGUCAGAAAUAAGCAGGAGGUUUCUGGAGGAGAGAAGGUACAUUUCUCCAGGAGCUUUGAAGAGAGACAAGCCAGUUUGUAAUGGUGGUGCCAGUGGUGAAGCUUAUAGUAAGUCUGGAGGGUGUCUUCCUCCCCCUUCAAAUCCUUAUAACAGAGGCUGCUCCAAGUAUUAUAGAUGUAGGUCUGAUUCUUGAUUGGAUCUUCUUGCAAAUAUCUCUAUAAGGUUGCUGAUGAAUCAUGCAGUUAUAUAAUGUUUCUGUUGUCCAUUGAAAUCGAAAAGGCUUCUUGAAUUUGAAAUUGUACGAAACUUUCUAAGAUAUUCUGCAACAAUUGUUCAUUUGCAUGGAAGAGCUUAUUUGAGCUUAUCAUAUACUAUAAGCGCUUAUGCAAAUGUUUGAGAGAGCUUAUGUAAAUAGCUUAUGGCUAGCUAUAAGUUGUUUCAGCUUACAAUCAUAAAUUGUUCAAAUUAGCUUAUGAAUAAUAGCUCAUGCUUACCUAUAA